AUGCAUGGGAGCCUAACGUGGCAGAGUGAGGAAGAAACACCUCUUAAACUCUCCCUUCUUAAAGGAGGAGGUUUCAGCGCUCGUAACUCUGAAUUUGCAUCCACCAUUGUUAUGGAGAGAAAGAAGAAGCAUUUGUCCUCCAUUGCCAACCAUGUUGUUCAGAGAUGUGCAUCGAAACUGGACACUUCUGUUGAUAGAUUGGUGGAGGAGUUUGAAGCUGAAUGGAAACCUGAAAUAGGCAGCUAUUCUAGGAAAUUUGUGGAAUAUUGCAGUGCAAAGGUUCUUACUGACAUGUGUCAGAACAUAGAAGAAAAAAUUAGUGAUGGAUCAUUUGGUCGGCUCACAUUCGACAUGAUGCUUGCUUGGGAGAUGCCUAGUUCAGAGGAUGAAGAGUCUCAUGCGGAAUGUGUGGGAAAGGAAAAGGAGGAGAGAAGGGCACCUGUUACAGAACAAGAUGAACUUCCUCUCUUCUAUACAGACCUCAUGCCUUUGCUAGUUGACUCUAAGCAAAGUGUUGGAGAAGAUGCAUUUGUGUGGUUGGGAUCAUUAGUUCCACUAGUUGCAGAUGUUGUUAAUGGGAGAUUUACAUUUGAAGCUCUUACAGCAGCGACAGGAUACCGGCUCCAUUUUCCGGCAUAUGAUAUAUUCUUAAAAGAGAUUGACAAAUGCAUAAAACAUCUGCAAAAACAAGGAACUCCAAAGAACGUGGAGCUAGCUGACGAUGAAUUUAUACUGCAUGUGGAGGGAACUGCAGGCUCUCAGAGAGUGGUGCGGCAUAUUGGGAAAACGAGUUGGCCUGGUAGGCUCACACUGACAAAUUAUGCUCUCUACUUUGAGGCUUCUGGUGUGAUAACAUAUGAGGAUGCACUGAAGAUUGAACUUUCAAAGGACAUUGAACACACUGUAAAACCAGCUGCCACAGGUCCUUGGGGUGUUCCACUUUUUGACAAGGCCAUAGUCUACGAGUCCCCUGAACUAUCAGAGGGAAUCGUGCUCGAGUUUCCAGAGAUGACAAGCUCCACAAGACGUGACCAUUGGCUAUCACUCAUGAAGGAGAUUCUGUUGAUGCAUCAAUUCCUAUCAAAAUACAAGGUGGAAUGUCCAAUACAAGCAUGGGAGAUGCAUGCGAGAACAAUUUUGGGCAUCAUAAGGCUUCAUGCAGCAAGAGAAAUGCUGAGAAUAUCACCCCCAGAUCCCAAAAAUUUCUUGGUUUUUGCCUUGUAUGACGAGUUGCCUAAGGGAGACUAUGUUUUAGAUGAGCUUGCGGAUAGUCUGAAGAAAGUUAACUGCGCACAUCCUUGCAGUGGUAGCUCAAUUCUGAGAAGUAUGAACCUGUCAAUCAUCUCAACUGUAAACGUGGAAGAGGAACAUACUAGUAUAAGUGAUGACAGUCCAUCCACACUGGAGACUGCUAUUAAUCAAGUCAGAGAAGAAGCAAAGGAAACUGAAAUCGCUAAAUCUACCACUGAGGUGUUGAAAGAGGAAGGGCUCAGUGAAAAUGUUCUUGUUUUGAUGGAGCUACUAAAGCCACUUAAAAGUGUUUUACCUUGGUUUCAAGAAACCCUUUCGUGGGAAAGACCAGUAACCACCCUCACUUCGAUUGCUGCGACUGUACUAAUAGUCUAUAAGGAAUGGUUUGGCAAGGCUAUGGCUGCUUCUUUGCUUUAUGUUGUUGCAAAGAUGAUUCGAGCAAGACGAGAAAGGCUACCGGAGAAAUGCAAUGAGAUAGUAGUGUGCACUGCUUCUGAUCAAACUACAAUGGAUAGCAUUGUGUCAGCUCAAUAUGGGUUUCUAACUGUUCAGGAGAUGUUGCAGGCAGCCAACAUAACAAUUCUGAAAAUAUGGUCUAUAUUGAUUUCCAAGGCUCGCAAGCAUGCAGAUAUGGUGAUGGUGGCACUGACUGGGUUGGCAGUUGUACUAGCGGUGAUUCCAUUCAAGUUUAUCUUACUGGGAAUUGUGUCGUACAUCUUCAUCAUGAACUCGAAGCUAGCGAAGCACCUGGAAAACGACCAAGGCAACCGGCGACUAAAAGAAUGGUGGGACUCUAUACCUAUCAUUCCAGUUCGAGUCGUAGACGAGGUUCCAGACAGCAAGGUUCCAGACGAGGCCGCCAAGUCCAAGUAG